AUGGUGGCAAGAAAAUGGCCGGAAUACGUGACUCGUUGGGAGGAUGCUGAACAGAAGCUGAUGAAGUUAAAUAUGAUGCCACAUGAUCAGGAGCAUAGAAUCAAACAACAAAUCAAGAAAAUUAUUUUCUUCAUCAUGCUCAUUGCUUUCAGUAAACGAUUUAAAAGUCGAAUAACCUUUUCUCCCACUCUUGUCUUUCUAGUCGAACAUAAUUUAGGAAUUGCUUCUGGCAUUUAUUCAUCCAAAUCUUGUUGGAGCAUGCAGCCAGCUGACGAAGCUUACUUUCGAAACUCUUUCAUAGACUUCUUCACUGUCUUCAAUAUAUUUGCUUGGAAUUUUAUUGACGCGUAUCUAAUUAUCAUCAGUGUGCUGUUAACUGAGAAUUUCACAUGCAUAAAUCGAAAGCUAAAUACAAACAACACACGAAUUAAAUCAUCUCAAUUUUGGAAUGAUGCUUGGGCUGCUUAUAAAGUUUCAGUCAAUUUGGUUGAGGAAACAAAUGAUCUGAAUGGUGGAACGAUUUUAAUUUCAUUCUUCAGCAAUUUGUACUUCGUUUGUGUUCAACUGUUGGGAUGUUUCAAGUCUGAAUCAACAUUUGUGGAUGGGUUACAUUUGUGGCUUUCUUUAAUUUUUCUCAUUGGUAGAACACUUGCGGUUUGCUGGUUUGCAUCUCAAAUCAACGACGAGUCGAUGAAGCCACUUCAUAUUCUGCGUUCAGUUCAGUCUGAUUAUUUUGAUAUCACAAUGAAACGUUUCAGUGAACAUUUGGCAACUUACAGUGUCGCUCUUAGCGGAAUGAACUUCUUCCAGUUAACCCGAAAAUUGAUUUUGAGUAUUUCAGGGACUGUCGUGACUUAUGAGUUAGUGCUGGUACAAUUUAAUGAAGCUGAGCAAGAAAUAUCUGAUAAUAAUUCCUGCACUUAA